GCUGUCAUGUUCAGAUUGACUGCUGUUGAGUGCGUGCACAAUCGUGAUUUUUUUACGAACAUUUAAUUAUUUUAUUUCAUUAGAAGUAGUAAACGAUCGUUCGUAAUGAAAUAUAUAUCUGUUAGUUUAAUAUUGUCUUUAAUUUUUGCUGUAUAUGUUGUCAAUACUAUUUGGACAUUAGCUGAAAUAUUCAUACCGCCAGAAUGUAGUCGUGGCGAGAGAUGUUUUUCAUCUUAUUUAGCUUCAAAACCUGUACAGCAUCUAGUUUUGUAUACUUCUGUAAAGGAACGUCCGCACCUGGAAGGUUCAACAGCGGAUAGUGUUUCAAAAGUGCAUACUUCUCUCAAGUUUGACUAUUUAAAUCCGGCGACUUUCGAUAUAAAGUUGAAAGUGCCUCGGAAGACUCGCAAUAAUGGGACAUUGUUCAUGCAUGCUGUUUUGUUGGACGACAGUCGCUUGUACAGAGAGUUUGACGAGAUCAUUCGGACUGAAUCUAUACACACACUCCCCUUAGUGACACACACUGAGCCACAAGCGGCGACUUUCAAUCUUCUUCAGCAAAACAAUGAAGGACAAAAAGUGCCAGAAAAGAAAUCAGUUCAUCCAUAUGCUCACAUCACAACAGUGGCUCCACUAUCAAUUCUCACUGAUGAUCUCAAGUUGCCUAGCAAUAAAAUACCUGGGGAAUUGUAUCCUUAUAUUAGAGUGCGGAGUGGUAAAUUCCUACCGAUACUACAACACAAUGUCUUGAAGUCAAGACUAUCACACUUUCAACUCUUGAACAGCAGUUCUACGGAAGUGAAUAUUACAGUCAAUGUGGCUCCCACAUCAUAUGGUUCCUUGCGGUUGUCUCUACAUGUCCGUUUAGCAUUGGAGCAGCUUUUUGCUCUUGGUUUCAGUGAGAAAGACGUAGAUGAUGUCAAAGGAAUAUUUGCGGACACCAAUUUGUAUUUGUUAUCAGCUACCGUGUUGAUUGCUAGUUGCCAUCUGCUGUUUGACUUCUUGGCCUUUAAGAAUGACGUAUCUUUUUGGCGACGCAAGCGCUCCCUGGCGGGUUUAUCCGCUCGCACUGUGCUGUGGAGGGCAUUCUCACAACUCGUCAUAUUCUUCUAUUUGCUGGAUGAGAUGACCUCACUUCUUGUUCUAAUACCGGCUGGCAUUAGUGCGAUUAUUGAGUUAUGGAAGGUGACAAAAGUCCUACAUUUGCGGGUGUCAUUCUCUGGAUGGAGGUUACGUGUGUGGCGGGACUCGAGCGCUGACGCCGGAGAGAAGAGCACGGCCAAAGCUGAUGCUGAAGCCAUGAAGUAUUUGUCUAUGUUGCUGUACCCACUCUGCAUCGCCGGAGCUAUAUACUCGCUGGUUUAUGAGCCACAUAAGAGCUGGUACUCCUGGGCGCUGCACAGCAUAGUGAACGGCGUGUACGCGUUCGGUUUCCUGUUCAUGUUGCCGCAGCUGUUCGUGAACUACCGCCUGCGCUCCGUGGCGGCGCUGCCGUGGCGCGCCUUCAUGUACAAGGCCUUCAACACCUUCAUCGACGACAUCUUCGCCUUCAUCAUCACCAUGCCCACUGCUCACCGCGUCGCCUGCUUCCGAGAUGAUCUCGUCUUCCUAGUUUAUUUGUAUCAGAGAUGGUUGUACCCUGUAGACAAGUCUCGCACGGACACUGCGUCCAGUAUGGAUGAGAACCCUGAGGAGUUGGAGCCAAUCAAACAGAAAGAAGAGUAGGGUAACAAACCAUUUUGAACUUUCUAUAGUACCUUAUAGAGGCUGUUUUACGGUGCUACUUGAUUUAGCGCUACGACUGGAUUAUUGAAGAAUUUUCUAUGUGUGUUUAAUCGUAAAUAAUGUUUGCAUACUAGACUGUGUUAUAACUACGUUUAUUUAGGAAAAUUUUUGUUUUCACAAUUGGUGAAAAUUGGAUUAUUUAUACACUACCAUUAGCGAAUGAUGAGUGAUGCAUUUACAAAUGAACUAAAGUCUAUAAAAACAUUAUGACAUCACAUCUAUGUAACCUCGUUAAAUAGUUAGAGUAGAACAUGUUUCCUAUUAAUUUAUUAUGAAACGGUAAUAAAUAAAUACUUGCUCAUUUUGUGUUCAUAUAGCUGAAAGUCUCGACAGUGAUUUAAUUAAAAGAUUUACAACUUUGUGACAAAAGAAUAAGGUUAAAAAUGUAUAAAAAAAUUUCACGACUCAGCUAUCGUAUUUUUAGUCAAUGUCGGGACUGUCGGUUUCUGUAUUUGUUUUCAUACAUAUUGUUAGCAAUAAUUUAUUGAUUUACAAUUUUUAUUAUGGCAACUUGCUGCAGCAAUUAGUAUCAUGUAGGAUUUUUCAAAAUGUUUUUUUUUAUGCAGUCUGGGGAAAUGAUUUGAUUAAAUGUUUUCAUAUCGCUCUAGAUAGACAUGGUCGUGAGGUGUCUUAAAUUUAUAGUAUAUUUUGCUCGAAGAGAAGAACAACGCAAACUUUUAUGAGCAGUUGUGGCACAAGACGCCCAAGUGUUAGCCCAUGUAUUGUUACACACGGGCUAGGGAUGGGACAUGAGAUCUUCCGGAAUUCUAAACUCAAUUUAAAAAGUCGAAUGAGUUUGAUAUGUUGCGGAUUAGAAGAGAUGUUAUUCCAUAGCAUUUUUGUAAUCCUAAUUUAUUGAUGAAUUAAUUUGUGAUAAACGUUAAAAUCGUAAACAAUGAAAUUAUGUUGGAUCGAAAGUUUUGUGUAUUGUGUGUGUAUGUAUAUUUGGACUAUUUUGCGAUUAUUGAUUUUUUUUAGUGUUUUUGUGAAUUCAAUGGAAUUUAUUUCUUAUUUUUAAUAUUAGGUGAUGAAUAUUCAGGGUAUGCAAUAUUUGUCAUUGGGUGACAGGUUUGUCUAUGACCCAAAUUGGCGCGAUAGUGGCGACCUCUCCACUGAAAGUAGUGACAGCAUAGGAAAAUUUAAUUUACUGGUUGUAAAAUAAAAGACAUUAAAAUAACAAAAAAAAAACAUAAGAAGAAGAAUUCAUACAAUAAGAAUAAAUUGGAGAUAUUGGAAAUAAAUUGGAGAGAGAGAGGAUUAGAGGUAAUAAAAAUUGAUUGCAUAAUUUUAGUUUUGUUUUGCCUAUAAUAAAAUACUCCGUGUGUUGCAAAAUUAAUAAUAAUUUUAGGUGAAAUUAAUUGGUAUUUAGUCAAAUGUGAAAAUGUGUGAAUUUUUAAUCAAUUUGGAAAAAAAAGAUUGAGUUUUGAUUCAAAUUGAAAUUUUGGUUCAUAUUUUUUACUGUCAUAACAUUUAUUGAGGACACUGUGUAUAAAAAAAUACUUGAUUGCAAAUGUGUAAAACUUAUAUUUUUACCGAUUCUACCUACGGUUCGUUCCUAAUGAGACCACCUUACAACAAAUCUACCACUUGAAAAUAUAAAAAAAAUAAGUUUACUAUAAUUUAAAAGACAAUAAUUGUUAUUAUUAUUUAUUCUACCAAUAUUUAAAUGUGUACGAACUUAAAUGUAAAUGUUUAGACUGUGUGUAUGUGUAUAAACAAAUUGUAGUAAAGAAAAUUUAUUAGCAACAUUAUUAUGAAACGUUUUACCAAACACUCGCUUCUUCGUCGACUUGUGAAAGCUGGAAGUCUCAUUAAUAGAUUUUAAAUUCUAUGACAAAAGGAUAGGGUUGAAAGUCUAUUGAAGUAAAUCACAAUCUGGCGAUCACCUCUUGUCGUAAUCACGUAAGACUGUGUCUUAAAGCUGUUGAAAUAAGGUUAAAAUUUCUUUGCAAAGCGUAGUUAUCAAUGUUUACUCCUUUAUUGUGUUUUGCUGUCGUAUUGUUUAUUUAGUUAAUUAUUCUGUAUUACUUUCUCAUCAUCACAAUUAGCUUUAUAUUAUUGUGUAGACAGCAAAGUAAUUAGAAAAGUUGGGCCAUUACAAACAUGCGAACUGUCAUUAGAACUUGAGACGGGAUAUUUACCCAAUUCAGACAAGUCAACAGACAAUUCAGUUUUAAGUAUCUGUUCGUACUCAAUAAUAAUUAUAAAUAUUUACUUUUUUAAUUUGGUUUAUUAAUUUUUGUGUUCAACUGAUGCGAGAAGCGAGUGUGUUGGUAGUUGAUACUGUAACCAGUUUGAUGCAUUUUUCAAUGAUAGCUUAUUUUGGUGACUGUAUUUUUGUACACAAACUUAUAUUGUGCUAAUGCCUGGAACUAAAUGUAAAGAUAAGUUUAGCUGCGACGCAUUUUCUUAGGAAAAUGUUCUGCGAUAGUCAGCAAAAUUCGUUUUCAAUGCUUCUUGAUACUUUAAAUGUAAAUAACUAAAACGUACGCACUCAUAGUUCGUCGCAUUUUUGCGCUUAGUAGAUGGCACCACUGGCGAAUAAAGUCCUAUCUGUUUGUUUGAAUUGACUACAUUAUUUGACCGUAAAGUCCUUUUUUUUCAGAGAGACCUAUUCGUCUUUAUACUUCUAUAAUAAAUAAAUUAGCUGAAAUCGAAUUUUGCUGGUUAUAAAGAUACCAUCCUUAUAUAAAGUAUACCUUGUACUAGUACAUAAAGUGUAAAGGUUAUUUUGUCGAUUGCUGUUGAGAAACUAUUCAACAAUAGUUGUAAUAGGAUAAUGUGAUUAGGAUAAUUAUUUAUUGUUUGUUUAUAAAGUAAAUCAAUUUAUUAUUUACCGAUGUGAAUGUUAUAUUGCGCUAUUAAAUGAUGUUCGAAUUACA